GAUAAAGCACGAGAAUAUAGUGGCUCUGGAGGACAUCUACGAGAGCUCAAAUCACCUGUACCUCAUAAUGCAGCUCGUGUCUGGAGGGGAGCUGUUUGACCGAAUUGUAGAGAAGGGCUUUUACACUGAGAUGGAUGCCAGCCGGCUCAUCCGGCAGGUUCUGGAUGCAGUCAACUAUCUGCACUCCAUGGGCAUCGUGCACAGAGACUUGAAGCCUGAAAAUCUGCUUUACUUCAGCUCCGAUGAUGACUCAAAGAUCAUGAUCAGUGACUUUGGCCUGUCCAAGAUGGAGGGCACAGGGGGUGUGAUGGCCACGGCCUGUGGGACUCCCGGAUAUGUGGCUCCGGAGGUUUUAGCUCAGAAACCGUACAGUAAGGCAGUGGACUGCUGGUCCAUUGGGGUCAUCGCUUACAUUCUGCUUUGUGGUUACCCUCCUUUCUAUGACGAGAAUGAUUCAAAGCUGUUUGAGCAGAUUCUCAAAGCAGACUAUGAGUUCGACGCACCGUACUGGGACGACAUAUCAGACUCUGCCAAAGACUUCAUCAACUGCUUAAUGGAGAAGGACCCUGAGAAGAGAUUCACAUGUGAUCAGGCUCUGGAGCACCCCUGGAUUGCUGGAGACACGGCUCUCUGCAAGAACAUCCAUGAGUCAGUCAGCCGGCAGAUGAGGAAAAACUUUGCCAAAAGCAAAUGGAGGCAAGCGUUUAACGCGACGGCGGUGAUCCGCCACAUGAGGCGCCUGCAGCUGGGCACCAGCUUUGGAAGCAGCACCAACUCCGUGCCGAGCCCUCAGAGCCGGGCCCCGGCCAAGAGCCAGUCUGUGGACUGCGCCCCGCUCUCCCUGAAGGACUGUCCCCCCAUAACUCCUCUGAAAUCUGCCAUUAAAGCGCACAAUCAGGACUCUGAUGGUCCUGCUCCCAUUCCAUCAGAGGACCCAGCGGUGGUGGCUGAGCCCCCUCGGCCCAGACCCUCCACCGUUACGGUCAUCCACACUGGGACUAAAUGACGCCAGGUUCCGCGGGAGGUCAGCUGGGAGACCACAGAGCUUUAAG